AUGGGAAAAUCACAGAGCAAGCUGUCACCCGACCAACUCACUGAGCUUCAAAAAUCAACUUAUUUUGACAAAAAGGAACUACAACAAUGGUACAAAGGUUUUUUGAAAGACUGUCCAAGUGGAGUACUGGAUAAACAAGAAUUUGCUAGAAUCUAUAAGCAGUUUUUCCCAUUUGGCGAUCCCGGACAAUUUGCUGAUUUUGUAUUCAAUGUGUUUGAUGAGAACAAGAACGGAACGAUUGAUUUCAAGGAAUUCAUUUGCGCUCUUUCUGUAACUUCUCGGGGGCAGUUGGACGAAAAGUUAAAAUGGGCGUUUCAACUAUAUGAUAUUGACGGGGACGGUUUUAUCACUUACGAGGAGAUGUUACAGAUUGUGCGAUCAAUUUACAAAAUGACCGGGCAGAUGGUCAAACUACCACCCGACGAGGACACUCCAGAGAAAAGAGUAGAUAAGAUCUUUCGGAUGAUGGACCACAAUAAAGACCAUAAGUUAACAUUUGAUGAAUUCAAAGAAGGUAGCAAACAGGAUCCAACCAUCGUUCAGGCUUUGUCGUUAUAUGAUGGCUUGGUAUAG